AUACUAUCACAUUAACAUACACAACGCACAGUGCACACACGAUAAUAUCCCACACGCGGUGUGGCCGAUAUCGGGCACCAUCGUAAUAAUAAUAUAGCCUAUAGGCACGCACAGAAUUUUUUUGUGCGACGCCAAAAAUCCUCUAUCCUUGCGCCGCUCUCCCACUCGAUAGUUCCGUCGCCGUCACUGGUCGUCCGUCGUCCGCCGAGGACCGAGGAGACGUUAUAAUAUUAUUAUUUUUUAUUAUUAUUAUUAUUUAUUAUUAUUAUUAUUAUUAUUAUUUUAUUCAUUAUCGCACGCACUUACACACGCGCGUUAGAGUCCGGUGGGCGCGCGGCGUUAUCGUGUUUCGAACUGACUACGAAAAAAAAACAAAUACAUAAAUAAACGAAAAACGUYUCAGCGAACGUCACACCGUGUCUCGAAGCGAAUUGCUGGUCGCUGCCAUAGUGUCACAGAAGACGAAACAAAACAAUAACCACCGUCGCCGAGUCUGCAUCGACCGUUGGUGCAUUGUUCGAGCGCGGUGACAACGAUCAGCUCUCAAGACGUCCUUGGCUCGAUCGUGUCACGCACACAUACGGAACACUUCAGCUUAGKGCUUGACCGACCCRUUGUCAUUACUUAUCAGUCGUCAUUACUCGUCGCUCGCCAGUCGCCACUGUCGUAGUGUCGAUUGGACCAUUCGCCGAGACGCAUCGCGUGUGCGCGCGUCACCGAACCGAGCGACGAACACGUAGGUAGGUAGUGACUAUCUACAAUAACGUCAUAGCAGACUACGCAUAAUCUCGUGGUCUGCAGGGACCACCGACCUCCCACGCCGGAACAUGGGUCUGGCCACCGAAAUUCUGGUCCAUGUGCGCGUCGACGAUACGUGAGCGGCAGCAACAGCAAAACGGGUGGUGUACUAUCAAGAACACUGUACAGGAUUUGGUGAUAUUAUUAUGGUGGUGGUGGUGGUGGUGUUGCGGUAUAUUGUUGUUUGAUGAUAGCCGUAUUACCGUGGAACCAUGGCAGCCCAGCAGCAGCAGCCACAGCAGCUGAAGUUGUUCACAUAUUCGGUGAUCGAACGCAAGGACGAGAUCGAAGAGAAAUAUGAACGAUGUUAUCAAACCCUCCAGAGCCUAACGACUGGCCUCAACGAUCGCGAGUACCAUGACGCGCUCACCAGCCACAUCAGCAAGGACAAGAGCCAAGAGGAAGUCAUCAGUUUGGGGCUGCUGACUGCUGUGCUCCUAGACACAAAAAAUGCUGAAAAAAUAUACAGAGAUUUAACUUUGUUAUCACGUGAUGGUCUGCAAAGUGUUAUAUCUCAUUUACAACAAUUUACAUUAGAAAAAUGGAGUCGACUUCUAGAUCCUCCUCGCAAACAACUGUUGUGGCUAGUCCGCGAAAUGGUGCGCAACAACAUUGCUGGUGUAGAUAACUUAUGUUGGAACCUGAUGAGAAACGCAGCAGGUGGUGACAUUUCCUCAACCAAUAUUGCACUCAUUGAAUAUCUUCUUGAUCUUUAUCAAGAUCAUAGAAAAUGGUUAGAAAGAUUUCCUUGGUUGAUAGCAUCUGUUGUGUAUUCUUUUUUACGUUUUAUUGAAGAUCACUCUAGUUUAAUUCCUCUACGCAAUCGAGAAGUGGUGUUCACUAUAUCUUUACUACGUGAUCGAUUCACAGAUUGUUUAGUUAUUGGGCGAGAUCUAAUCAGAUUAUUACAAAAUGUUUCACGUAUACAAGAAUUUGAAACAUUGUGGAAAGAUUUACUACAUAAUCCUCAAUCAUUAAGUCCAAGCUUAACAAAUGGUAUUAUACAAAUAUUAGAAACCCGAACAUCUAGAAGGUUUUUACAAUCACGAUUAACACCUGAUAUGGAACGUAAAUUAGUGUUCUUCACUUCUUCAGUUCGAUUCGGUCAUCACAAAAGAUACCAGGAAUGGUUCCAAAAUAAAUAUUUAAAUACACCUGAAGCACAAUCUCUAAGAAGUGAUUUAAUUCGAUUUAUUGUUGGACUAAUACAUCCUACAAAUGAGUUGUUGUGUUCCGACAUUAUACCUCGUUGGGCUGUGAUUGGUUGGCUUAUUACUACGUGUACGUCAAAUAUAGCUUUAGCAAAUGCCAAAAUGGCUCUAUUUUAUGAUUGGGUUUGUUAUGAUCCAAAACAUGAUAAUAUUAUGAAUAUUGAACCAGCAAUUUUAGUUAUGCUUAACUCAUUACGUAUUCAUCCAACAGUAACUGCCAGUUUGCUGGACUUUUUAUGCCGAAUUAUUCCUAAUUUUUAUCCAGCUCAAUCUGAGAGAAUACGCAAUGGUAUUUUUGUUUCAUUACGGCAAAUUCUUGAUAAAAGAGUGUUGGCUUCAUUAGUUCCUUUGUUUACAAAUCCUCGAAUAGAUGGUGAACUUAGAGCCAUGAUACAAAGUACUUUCCGAGAAUUUUGUGAUCCACCUGCCGUUCAAGGUGAUCCUAUCAAAAACGAUGACAUAAUGGAUAAUUUACUUAUAWCACUUAAAGAUGAGUUAAUUUCAGAAAAUGAUGAUAUCUCAUUUAGUGACGAAGAAUCUGAAACAAGCCCCAAGAAAAACAUUAUUCUUGAAAAUAACAGUGUACCUGCUAUUAAAACAACCCCAUUGAAAGUUAAACUAAAAGAAAAAAGUGUACUUCCUCUUGAUUUGGAUAAAGAAGCUUUGCAAACUCUAACCAAAGAAUUGAGACUAGAGACUGAAAGUUUAUAUUUUGAAAAGGAUAACGAAAGAAAAUGUGAAGCUAUGGAGAAAAUAGUUCAGUUAAUUGUACAAGAUGAUGAUAUAUAUCCAGAAAUGAUUGCAGCAUUAGGCUCUUGUAUUUCUUGUCUAUUGAAAAAUCAAAUUGAAGAAAAGAUCUUUCCAUCUGUCCUUAAUGAUGAUGCAUUGGAAGACAGUAUUGGUAAACCAAUAUUUGUUAUGUUCCGUAGUCUAACCCAAUUUGCUGAAGAAGAUUCACGUAGGUUACAACUUUUUUCAUUGCUAGCUGAAAUGAGAACACACCAAACCAGAAUUGGAUAUUUAUUACUUUAUUAUUUGCAAGUGAGCAGCUUAAUAAACAACAACUCUGAUAGGAAAAUUAAUGGUAUCAAGUCUCAUGUAUAUAAAGAAUUUUGUGAAACUCAAGAAGUUGAAUUAAAUGAAUGUUUAUUGAGUGAUCUUCAGUUGUGCCAAGAAGAUGAUACAUCAAUGUUUUGUUGGCUGAUUCCGGCUGUCUAUGAUCAGUUUUCAAAGAUUGUUGUUGGAAAUGAAGAUUUCUUACAUUUAGUUGUAUCUACUAUUGAUGGCUCACAAAUACAAGAAAUAAUUUGUCUGAUUUUACAAGGUAAAUUAAGCAUGUUUCGAUCUGACGCAGUACCAUYAUUAGCAACUAGUUCAUUGGAUUGGGAAACAAUGGAACAAUACUUUUUUUGGCAACUGGUGUCUGCACAUGACAUUGAUAUUAAAGUAAUAUUAUCAAAUAUCACAAAAUUAGACUAUAAUAACCACCCUGAGACCUUGACUAGUAUUUUGCUCACACUAAAAAAAGAAAAGCCCACUUUAGAAUUAUUGAAACCUAUACUAUGUAGAGAAAUUAAACCUUUAAAUGACCAAUUUGUUAUAUCUGUGAUAUCUAGUUGGUAUUUGGAACAUGGAGAUAAUGUAGCUAAUCUUGUUUCUCAACUAUUAAUUAGUAGAUGCCCAGUUGUGUCUCCAACCAAACGAAAACGCGGACAAGGACAGGGUUUAGGUUCUAGAGGAGGUGUAGCGCCACCUAGUGCUGAGCGAAUACUUGGUCACAUGGAACGCAUUCGCAGUCGGGGUACUUGUCCUGUACUGUUUCGCGCUGAAGGCAUGCAAAAAGCUUUACAAAUUGCACAAGCUGCAUGUACAGAUACCCAGCGCAUGUUGUUUAGCAACCUUUUUCAGUUGCUUGAAGAAGAUGAAACACAUACACCAACUACCAAUAGAAAUUCAACAAGUGGUAAACGUGGUCGUAAAGCAGCUCCUACGUUUGGUAAUAGUAAUAAAAAAAAUGCCAAGUCUGUGAUAAAAGACCUGUCAGAGAGCUCUGAAGAUUCUAGUGAAGAGGAAGAAGUUAUAAAACCAAGACAAACAAAAAAACGGAGAAAAAUUAAUGCAGUUGCGUCUGAAAGCGAUUGAUAUAAGGUAUCUUUACUCCAUGGUAGAAUCAUUUAUACUCUACCAUAAAUUAUUAAGCAGUGUUAAACAGACACAAAUGUUUUCUACAUUUUAAUUCCUCCACCCCGAUUUUAAUUUAAUUGUAAUUAUGUUAAAAACAAAUAUAUAUAUAUAUGUAUAUAUACACAAAAAAAUCGGUGAAAAUUAUUUUCUUAAAUUGUUAAUCGAUUAACAUGUUAAUACAGUGUAGUACAUUAUUUUUAUUGUUUGUAAUGUGACUGUUUUUGUAAAUACUAAUAUUUUUAACUGAAUAUAUUUAAAUGAAUUAAAAAAUUGUAUCAUUCAUAACCAUACAUUUUUGUAUAUCCUAAACAGACGACAUAUCACUGAUAUAUUGAACUAAUGGUUGUAAAUUGUAAUUGGGUGAAAGUACCUUUUGUUGCUAAAUAAGAGUUUACUUUCUCUGCUAAACAAAUUUAAUUGGUUUUAUAAAUCGUGAAAAAUUUUGUUAUUGAAUAUGUUCUUAUCAAU